GUCGCAGUUGUCUUUCUUUCUCCUUUUUUUUUCUCCAUAACACAGCGUUUCGGCUACAUCACAAUAGAAAGACAAAUACGUGCAAUGAUGAUCCACGAUUUCUUACACAUCUUCCAGGUUGCAGCUACUCAUGAUUAUUGAAGAGUAGUCCUGAGUGAAUUAACAAAGGCACAUGUUUGAGUAACGGUUGAGUGAGGAUUUUGGUCAACGGAGAAAGAAAGGCCAAUCAAGUCACAAUGAGUAGUUGGACGGAGAGAAUGCAUCGACGUGCAGCAACUCUUGGCAAUGUAGUUACCAGUUGUGGACACCCUUCGUCCGUAUCACCUUAUCCACGAAGAUUGGAAAAAGUUAAAUUUGGAGUUCCACUUGAUGAAGUCUGUAAGAAUGACAUACCUGGACCAUUAUUGGUUUUAAUUUUGAAAUUAAACAAAGAAGCUCCAUUACGUAAAGAUGUAUUUCGAGCUCCAGGGCACCAGGGUAACAUGAAGAAAUUGAUUCAUUUUCUUCAAACUGGACGAUUAGUGAACAUGGAUAAUUUCAGCGUUUAUACAAUAGCCAGUGUUCUUAAAAAAUUUUUGCGUAAGAUUCCUGGUGGUGUUUUUGGAAGAGAAGGAGAACAACAAUUGUUCAGUGUUAUUCAACUGGAUAGCAUAGAACAACAAAGGGACCAGAUUCACAAAUUGAUCACUUCUUUACCAGUAUAUACUCAACGUUUAUUGGUAUUGUUAUUUGGAACAUUUAGGGUGGUUGCAGUAAAUAGUGAAAGAGCCAGAACAGGUAUGACUAGUGAAGCCCUUGGUGUUUCCGUUGCUCCAUCUUUCUUCCAAAGUUGUGUUAGUGAUGGGAAAACUGCAAAGAUGGAAGACGUUCUUAGGUUUAAGGCGGAAGUGUCAGUUGCUACAAGAGUAAUGAAGUUCAUGAUAGAUAAUUUUGGGGUUUCGAAUUUAUUCGGAAGAGAGAACUAUGAAUUUUAUGCACGAAUUACUGGACGAAUACUAAAAGUCGAAGAAGACUGGAUUUUUAGUUUUCGUUAUCCCCCCGAUACGUUAGUAUCACGGCAAUUGUCACUAGAAGCAGAAAAGACUUGGUUACAAUAUGAAUGUGAGAGAUGGGGAUUGAAGUUUAAUCUAGAAUCAAUGUCUCAUCAAGAAGAAUCACAAUCUACUCCAGCAUUAAUUCACGUACCAGAAUCCUUAGAACUCACAUCGUCGCUUGGAAUGAUUCCAGAAAAUACACUUCUAGAAAGCUAUACUCGCCUAUCAGUUAGUUUAGAGGAAAAUGGUUUUUUUCAAGCUUCGAGUCGGUCAUCAAGCAAUGGGAGUCACCACUCGCGUCAUGCAGGAAUGACACUGGACGAACUUCGAGCAGUUAAUCGUUAUGCCGAAAGUACGAAGAGUCUCAGCUACUUGCCUCAGGUACAUGAGCGACAAACCGCACGCAUGCGAACUAGGUCCGAAUGGUUUCUCACUCCCGUGAGCGAAAGACUGGCCGCGACCGACAGCGAUCCUACGGCUAUACACGUCCUUCGCGGCUCCAAUCGGUCGUCGUCCGGCAACAUUGCAACGGGGUUAAGCGCAAGCGCUGAAUCGGUGAAGCGUCCGAGUUUACGAAGGAACUCUUCACGGGAGAAGUCUCGGCUGCACCGUAGCUCCUCCCGACGCAACAAGGAGAAUGGGGCCAAGGUUCGAGGCUCCUCCGAGAAUUCCAAAUCUCGCUCUCUCGAGACUGUGAAGGUGAAGGGGGCGCGGGUAACGAUCGACCAGCAGUCCGCCGAGAAGAUUAUCAGGAAUAGCGAGGAGCAGCUUGGCGGCAAGAUGCAUCAGCAGGGGGACGUGGCUAUUAGGCCCCAGGACUGCACCGAAAUGGACGUACAAACUUUUCACGUCACCCUUACCUACAAGCCGCGAAUAUAGGAAAUUUGUACUUUAUGCAACACUCGAACUCACUGCGAUCCCUUCCGUCCUACGACAUUUAUAUUUAUUACUUUCAAUUUUAUUCCACGUUAUUCUAUUACCUUUUUCCUUUCACACUCUUUUGAUUACUUCUAAUCACGCGCGACUUGGCUGCUUCGAUCGUAUUAAUUGCACUUUAUUUUACCUGCAACUCUUUAUUCCUCGUUAUUUACGUAGUAUCUCAAUCUAUUUGCCUGGACCUUUUCGCAUGGAUGGAUCUUUUUGCUCGUUAACCUUUAAAGAAAAUAUAUUUUGAUACAUUUCAAUUCAUUCUUAUUAAUAACGAACACAUUUUUGUGUUAUUUUCGUUGUCUAUAUAAA